AUGAAUUUUUUAAAGAAUCUUCAAAAACUUGUUGUAGGAGAAUUCUUCGAGGAUUAGUCCUCAAGCAAUAAUUCUAAUCUUCAGCCCAAGAAGUACAGUCUCAAUAAUUUACAAAUUUAGGAGGAUAAAUUACUUUCAGAAGGCGGAUAUGGAUAUGUAUGGAAGGCACAUAACGUUAAUAACAAAUAAGAAGUAUUUGCAGUAAAAAGAAUGAUAUGCUAGGGUAAAUAAAAGGAAGAUUUAGCAAAAAGAGAAUUAGAAAUCCUAUAUAAAUUACCACAGCAUGAUAACUUAGUAAGAUUUAUAGAUGGAGAUAUUUUACAAGAAGAUUAAAGUACGAGCUAAGCUGUAUUUGUUAUGGAGUACUGUCCUGAUGGCACUCUUUUUAACUUAAUGGAGUCUCGUUAAAAAUCAGGAGGUUUUACAGAAAAAGAAAUUAUUCAUAUAAUUCUUUAAAUCUGUAAAGGACUUUAGGUACUUCAUUCUAUAAAUAUAACCCAUAGGGAUUUGAAAAUAGAAAACGUUUUGUUAAAAGAUGGAAUGUUUAAACUCUGUGAUUUUGGUUCUGCAAGCACAGAUGUAGUUGAUUUGAGCAAACUAGAUAGGAAGUAGCAAAGCGAAUAGGAAGAAUUAUAUGAAAGGUAUACAACAUUACAAAGUCGCCCUCCUGAAAUGUGUGAUGUAUUUUCAGAAGAAAUUAUUGAUUCUAAAGUUGAUAUAUGGAUGCUUGGUUGCAUAGUUUACUGCUUGUGCUUUUACAUUCAUCCAUUUUAUGAGGCUUCAAAAUUGGCCAUAAUUAGUGCAAGUUAUAAGUUUAAAUAAAAUUCUAAAUAUAAUGAAAAAAUGCAUGAUUUUAUUAGGCAUUUACUAACACCAUCUCCAAAAUACAGACCUAAAAUAGAAGAAGUGAUAAAUAUUUUAGAGAAUUGGGAUAAUUUGCAAGAAAUUCCUCUAAAUGUAAUAAAUUUUUUAUUAAUUUAAAGUAAAAGUAUGGUAUAUAAAUAGGAGCAAGCAAAAUAAACUAAGUAAUAAGAAUAGUAAUUUGAAUAAGAUAUGAAAGUAAGAGAUGAAAAAGUAAAAUAAAUGAUAGAAAAAAAUCGUCAGCAGAGAAUAGAAGAAGAAUAAAGAAAAAAAUUAUAAGCAGAAGCAGAUAAUGCCUUCAAUUAGUUUAACCAUAACCAAAAUACAUCAACUUAAAAAGUUUAAAAGGUGAAUAAAGAUAUGUAAGAAAUAGAUGAAUUUGAUGGAUGGGGUGAAUUUUAAAAAGCUGAUGAAGUUAAUAAAAAAGAUACUAAAGAAAUAAUAAAUACCUUAGAUAGUUAAAUAAAAGAAGAUGAUAUAGAUUUUAAUUCUUUUGAGCCAAACAAUUAAAAUCAAAGUGUUGAUAAAAAUGAUUUUGAUUUUGGAUAAUUUUAUAAAUCUUGA